UAGAACGUAUGAUAAUAAGGUAAACCAAUAAGAAAGAAAUUGAUGAAAUGAUGCAAAACUAACGCACCAUUUUAUUUAUUCACAUGGUGAUUGAAAUCGAUAUAAGGGAUUUUUGGAUGCUUUGAUGAUUGUAUCGUUCUUUGUUAUUCACCACCUUUGCACUUCUUAGAGCAUGGUAUGGUACAGAGGUCGAAAGUUGGCAAUAAGCAUUCUAGUAUACAUAUAGCAAAACACGAUAAUCGACUUGCUGAAACCACUUGCUGUUGAUUCAUCGAACUGAAAAUCAUAAACAACAACAUUAUCGUCAUGUUCAUCUUCAUGGCCUCCAUUUUCAUGUAUGUAAUAUUAAUAUAUAAUAUAUCAAGUGUUGUAUUUUGGUGCUUCUCCAAAUCCCUUUUAUAGUGUAAUUUAUAAUAUAUAUGUUUUUCUAGGGGAACAAUAAGGAAAUAAUGUAAAUAAGAAUUGAAAAUUUAUAUGCAAUAAUAGAGUUUCCAUAUUUAUCUUUUUUUUUUUUGGAUUUCAUUCAUUUGUGUGUAUAGUGUACUUACCAAUAUCUAUAAUUGGUAAUAAUCUUUCUUCUUUUCUCUUCUCACGGGAAAUAAUGCAAAUAAGAAUUGAGAAUUUUAUGCUAUAAAUAUAGGAUAGACUUCCCAUGUAUUUAUUUUUUGGGAUUUCAUUCAUUGUGUGUAUAGUGUUUUGACUAAUAUCUAAUCAAGUUUCCUAUUUUCUCUUAUUUAUUUUUUCAUUUUUCGUUUUUGUAUAUUUGGGAACAAUAUAAAUAAGAAGAAUUGAGAAUAUGCAAUAAAUACAUGAUAGAGUUUCCUUUUUUCUCUGCUUCUUUGUUUAAAUUUAAUUUCUGUAUAUUGCAUAUGUACAAUAUCUAUAUUUGAUAGUCAACCUUCCUUUUUUUUCAUUUUCUUUCAUUGUGUGUAUAGUAUCUGCAACCUUCCUUUUUUCUCUGCUUCGUCAUUUGCUUUACGACUGGAGCAGGGCCGGAACCACCAACUCCUUGCGUAACAUUCUCACCUUGCAAAAUGAAAUUGCUAGAAUGAAGGCGGUGCAUCCGAUCAAUUGGCACGAGGUUACUGCUCUUGAGACUGAAUUAAGUAGGCAAUGGGAGGCAGAAGAGAUGUACUGGCAGCAAAAAUCGCGAGUCUGGUGGCUGAAGAGAGGUGAUCAAAACACUUCCUACUUCCACACGGUCACGCGCACUCGUCGAAAGCGAAAUUUUGUCCCUGGUCUGUAUAAUGAUGACGGGGAGUGGAUAACAGAUGAAAAAGGGAAGGCGGACAUUGCGAUUAAUUUUUACCAAUCUCUCUUCACCUCAGAGUCCCAGGUUGAGGAUAUGGUUGAGCGGGUGGCGGAGUUACCCAUUGCCCCCAAUGUAACCCCAGAAAUGAAUGUUGCCCUUACCGCUGAGGUCAGUCCGCAGGAGAUCCGCAAAAUGGUCUUCGCGAUGGGUUCAAAACAGGCCCCUGGCUCCGAUGGAUUCACGGGCAAGUUUUUUAAAGCCUUCUGGGAGAUUGUUGGGGAAUCAGUGGUGGCGGCAGUUGGAUCUUUUUUUACUACGAGCAAGUUGCUCCGGAGUUUCAAUCACACCUGGCUGACUCUAAUCCCCAAAGUUGAGCAGGUGGAAUCCAUGCGCCAGCUUCGCCCUAUUAGCCUUUGCCAGUUCGUCUACAAAAUAAUCACUAAAAUUAUGGCGGAAAGAUUGGCGGGGAUCUUGCCUCUUAUUGUCUCGGAAGGGCAGAAUGCUUUCAUCAGAGAGAGGCAGAUAGUGGAUAAUAUCCUCAUUGGUCACGAAUUGAUGCAUUAUUUGAAAAUCAAAACCCGUGGAAAGAAAGGAUACAUGGCUCUGAAGGUUGACAUGGAAAAGGCCUAUGAUAGAGUCGAAUGGUCGUUUCUGUUGACGGUUUUGGAAAAAAUGGGCUUUAGUUCGAUCUGGCGAGGAUGGAUUCGGGAGUGUUUACAGUCCACAUCUUUCUCGGUCCUCGUGAAUGGUUCUCCAUCAGGGUUCUUUGCGCCUUCUCGAGGGCUUCGUCAGGGGGACCCUCUUUCUCCCCUGCUCUUUGUGCUUUGCACGGAGGGGUUUGCUGCUUUACUCCGCAAAGCUAUAUCAGAUGGGAGACUAGCAGGGGUCAAGGUAGCGCCCCGAGCCCCUCGCAUAUCUCACUUGUUCUUUGCUGAUGAUUCUUACUUGUUCCUCCGUGGUUCCCUACAAGAGUGUGAGAAUAUGAUCGAAGUACUAAAUGAGUAUGAAGAGUUAAGUGGGCAGAGGGUGAACCUGGAGAAAUCGGCAGUGUGCUUUAGUAAGAACAUCUCCUUGCCAGAUCAGGAGUUCUUAGCGGCUAUCCUUGGAGUGGGCGCAGUAGGGAUUCAGGACAAGUAUCUUGGCCUCCCCACUUUGAUAGCAAGAUCCAAAACAGCCACGUUUCGAUACCUGGAGGAAAAGCUGCUAGAACGUUUACAAGGUUGGAAACGUAGGACUCUGUCGACAGCGGCCAAGGAGACUCUCAUCAAAUCGAUUGCUCUUGCUUUGCCGCUCCAUGUGAUGUCUUGUUUUUGUCUACCAUUGUCUCUCUGUCGUCUCUUGGACAAGCAUGUAGCGAGAUUCUGGUGGGGGGUUGAAGAAGGACGCUCACGGGUCAGGUGGGUUUCCUGGCGGAACAUGUGUAGAAGUAAACAUGAGGGAGGCAUGGGGUUUCGUCGGUUCGAGCAUUUCAAUCAAGCUCUUUUGGCUAAGAUUGGAUGGCGAAUCAUUAAUGAGCCACAAUCCCUCUUAGCUCAAGUUUACAAGGGAAAGUAUUUCCCGCAGGGAUCUUUCCUGUCGGCCACUGCACGUUCCCGCCCUUCCUGGGGCUGGCAAAGCAUUCUUUAUGGGCGUCAGUUGUUGUCGGCAGGGCUACGAUGGCAGAUUGGGAAUGGGCAAACAGCCCCCUUACUUGACUCUAAUUGGAUUACACAGCUGUGCCCGGUUCCCCCAGUGUAUAAUCCGCGGGUCCUUCCUGAGGAAGGGGAAAUAAAGGUCUCUGCGGUCAUCUGCCCAGGGGAAGGUCGGUGGUGCGAGGAGAAGCUUAUGCAGUGGUUUGAUCCUCCGACAUGCCAAGCUAUUCUGGCAAUGCCCCUUCCUAGGCAGAAUAUUGAGGAUCGGCUGGUUUGGCAUGCUACUGUUGAUGGGAUCUUCUCGGUGAAAUCGGCUUAUCACUUGGCAGUUCGUCUAGAUCAGUUGAAUGGGCGGUGGCGAUCACAGGUUAGUUGGAUGGACAACGCUAGUUGGAUCCGUCUUUGGGAAGCCAAUAUCCCCCCGAAAUUGAAGAUUUUUGCCUGGCAACUUUUGAACAGAAUUCUGCCGACUACUGAGGCGCUAAUUGAGAGGAAAAUUGAUGUUCUUGCCCGAUGUCCUAUGUGUUGGGCCUCAUCGGAAACGAUGGAGCACCUUUUCCUUGAGUGUCCGGUGGCCAGGGCCCUGUGGACUCAGUCUAAUCUGGAUCAUCUUGGGGAGGGCUUGCCUCGGCAUACAUUCCCGCUGUUUCUGAAGAAGUUGCUGGCCAUCUUGCACCAACCCUCGCAGGUCAUGGAAAUUAUUGCUAUACUAUGGAGGAUUUGGCGAUCCCGGAACUGGGUGGUCUUUGAUGGGAAGCAAUUUGGUAUCCAUGCUCUUAUGCGGCAGUAUCACCAGCAGAUUGGGGAAUGGUUGACCUUACCUAAGGAUCCCCGACGCCCCUCGCUGGCGCCCCCUAGUACGGGUAUGGGAGGGUUGGGAGGGGCGGAGGGGCCUGUGUGUCGUUGGGAUGGAGCAGUCCGCUCAGGGUCUCACUCGGCAGGAGGCUUUGUGCUCCUUAAUGAGAGAGGCGAGACCGUCUGGGCGACAGGUAUUCAGUUCCCUCGGCUAGAUGACCCAAUGGUGGCGGAAGUUCUUACCCUGCGCGAAGCGAUCAGCUGGUGUAUAAUGCAGGAUUUUGUGUCAAUGAGGUUUGAAGGUGACGCCCAGAUAAUUAUUGAGAAGCUGUGUCGGGCGGAUGCAAGGGAUGGUCGGAUAGGGGCGAUUUUGGAGGAGAUUCUGCAGAUUUUGAAGGACUAUCCGGGUUUCAUUGUACGAUUUGUAGGUCGGGGUAGCAAUAGUGUAGCUAGACAGGCCCUGUCUUUGUUCCCGAAUACAUGUCGUUAUUUUGACUUUCAGGCCUAGAUGAAUUCCAGGAUGUAAUUAUCGAUCUGAUUAUAUCAAUAUAUGAUUAUCUUUUGUAAAAAAAAAAGUGUAUAGUAUCUCGACCAAUAUCUAUAAUUGGUAAUCAAUUUUCUCCUUUUAUCUUAUUUAUUGUUUAUUUUUUACAUUUUGGUAUAUUUGAGAACCAUGUAAAUAAGAAGAAUUCCAGGUUUCGAUAAAAAAAAAUUGAGAAUAUGCAAUAAUACAUUAUACAUGAUAGAGUUUCCUUUUUUCUCUACUUUUUUUUAGAUUUCAUUCAUUGUCUUUAUAUUGCAUAUGUACAAUAUCCAUAAUUCAUAAUCAACCUUCCUUCUUUCAUUUUCCCCCCUUUUUAAUCUAUUUAGGAACAAUGUAAUAACUAAAAUAAGAAGAUUUGAAACCAAUAUGCAAUAAAAUUUAAAAAUAUAU